GCUGACGAGUCUCAGGAUGUCCUCCAUCUCAACUACACGUCCUGGCCGGACCACGGUGUCCCCACGGUCAAUGCCAUUGAUAGCAUCCUGCAGUUCGUACACAUCGUCCGCCAGCAGGCCAACCGCACCAAAGAACCCAUUGUGGUUCACUGCAGUGCUGGUGUGGGCCGGACAGGGACCUUCAUCGCUCUGGACCGACUGAUGCAGCACAUCAGGGAACAUGAGUAUACUGACAUCCUGGGUAUGGUGUCUGAGAUGAGGUCUCAUCGACUCUCCAUGGUCCAGACAGAGGAGCAGUAUGUGUUCAUCCACCAGUGUGUUCUGCUGAUGUGGAAGAAGAAGACACAGUCCAUCAGCAGUGAUGUCAUCUACGAGAACAUCAGCAAGUCCUAGUGACGCCUCCUGCACAACGCCGUGACAUCACUCAGACUCUCGUGCUUCAGGCAUCCGUUCUCUACCGAGACACGUUUCAUCAUCGAUACAAAACAAAUGAACACAGAAUGUUUGACUGAUCUGACAACCACACAAGGAGAACAAGAUGAAGAUGGAUUGGAGUUUUAAUUGGUGUUAGUUGUGUGGGAUUGAACAGGGGUCUGAAGGAGGCUCGUUCACUGACUCAGACUGACCAGGAGUUCUGGCCCUAUGAAGCUUGAUGUUGUUUCUCCUCUUCAACCUUCAGCAGAACUACAACACAACUGACCGAGACAUCAGGAACCAGGCUGGUUGGGACAGCAGCAUGACCCCUCUGAUGUGAUGACACGUCUCUUAUAAACCUUGUUUAGAGGGAGUGUGGACCCAUCUUUCACACAGCAACUUAGUGGAACUGAACUGAAAUGAGAGUGGUUCACAUCUCAGACACCGUCUCCAACGGCAACAAGGUUCACAUCUCAGACACCGUCUCCAACUGCAACAAGGUUCACAACUCAGACACCGUCUCCAACUGCAACAAGGUUCACAUCUCAGACACCGUCUCCAACUGCAACAAGGUUCACAUCUCAGACACCGUCUCCAGCUGCAGCAAACUUCACAUCUCAGACACCGUCUCCAACUGCAACAAGGUUCACAUAUCAGACACCGUCUCCAACUGCAACAAGGUUCACAUAUCAGACACCGUCUCCAACUGCAACAAGG